UUCGCUGUUUGCAACUUCAUUUGGAAACGGUUCGUUCUUUUAGGUUUGCUCGUUAUGCAAACUGGUUAUUAUCAAUUAAAACCGUAACCCAAAAUAAUGUCAGACCAGGAUCCAGUUGAAUUGAUGCUUAAGAAAACCGGCUGUAUUGAAUUACAUUACAAGGUUCAAGAGUGUAUUGCAGAGACAGGAGACUGGAGAAGUUGUCAGGAGAAAGUAAAAGAGUUUAAAGCUUGUAUGAAGGACUAUGUAGAUGCACAAAGUCGCAAGUACGCACACAUUAAAUAAAAACUUAGCUACAACUGUAUUUUUAAAAAUUACAACUCAAAAAUGACCAAA